AAUUCUUUUCACCUCUUACUUGAUGCUUUGCCAAACUCACAAUCCUCACAUCUUCUCAUGCCAGCCCUUCACUUCCAUUUCUCUCUCUGCAGCCACCACGAACUCUCUGUUAGCUUCUUCUGCUGUUGAGGAAAUGGAAUGCGUUGAAGCCACAUCGGAGGCCAGUAUAAGCAAGGAUGAUUUCUUUGUAAUCAAUGCUGAAGACGACUUUGUUAACGGCUUCUUUGACUUCUCGAACGACGACGGUUUCAAUGAGGAAACAGAGCCCCGAGAGCAGAAUGCCAAUAUCUCUCUCCCACCAAAGCAAGAUGAACAAGUCGAUGAAAACGACUUGAAAACAAUUGUCAAUUUUGAAGCUUUUGGCCCCGUGCCAGGGGAUCUCGUCCUUCCGGCUGAUGAUGUCGAAAACCUUGAAUGGUUGUCUCACUUCGUGGAGGAUUCUUUCAAAGGGUACUCUAGUCCCGCCGUAACUCUAUCGGUGAUAGGGAAAGAAAAAAUUGCUGAAUCAAAAGCACCGGUUUUGACUAUCAUUCCUGUCAAUGCUCCAGUCCCACCCAAGGCAAGAAGAAGCAAACGCGUCAGGACUAGAGUACGAGUUUGGUCACCGGACAGUUCUUCGAGUUUUACAGGCUCUUUAAGCCCCUGGCUUAUUUACUCUAACGCUGGUUUAUUUUCCAGCCUUCAAGAAAUUGAGAAAACCGAAAGUCCGAAGGAAAAAUCUACUACACAAAUGGUUUCUAGUGAAGGUGGCAUCGUUGGGACUAGGCCCUUGUUCAUCCGAAGGUGCUGCCAUUGCGGUGUUGUGAAGACUCCACAGUGGAGGACAGGCCCGCUUGGAGCCAAGUCUCUGUGCAACGCGUGUGGGGUUCGUUACAAGUUGGGGCGGCUCUUACCCGAAUACCGCCCAGCUUGUAGCCCGACGUUUUCAAGUGACAAGCACUCCAACCACCACCGCAAAGUACUGGAGAUGCGACGCAAGAAGGGAUUGGUGGGUCAGCUGGAGCCCUGUCAUGCUUAUGUUCCUUCGAGUGGCUGUUGAAGGAUAAAGCAUUAGUCAAGAAUUGAAGCGGCACUAGAUUAGUUAAAAGCUUAUCCGGUUUAGUUAAUGUAGUCGAAGUAGGUCCGUUUGGAAUUAUUGUAUAUCUUGUCGUGGUGGGCCUGGUAGGUUCCCUGGAAUGUUACUUGCUAGGAUGACUUUCAAUAUGUAUCUGGAACCCAGAUCACCCCUUGAGAUUGGACCGAUUCUAGUCUAGUGAUAGGUAAAUAAAAUGUUUGAUUUAGAAAUGUUAUUGGUUAGAUUUGAACCUUUGUUUUCAUAUUUAAA